ACUAUUUAGUGUAAUCAGUGUGCAUAACUUUGCGUGUAUGGAGGAUUCCCAUGGCGAGAGUGAGCGUUUUCUUUCUCUGAGUUUGGCACGCCGAUCAGCGGUAGGAGGGACAUUUUAAAAGGCGUUUCCCUGCCCACAUUUGCUUGUAAAACAAUGACCGCCUUUGAAAGGGGAGAGUCCGCACAAGCGGGCAGUUUUUCAAAAACAAUGGUGGGAAGGCUAGCCUUGCAGAAUGUGUCCGCUGACGAUCCCCUGGGAAUGAGCUACAAGGCGGAGAAGACGCUUGACAGCCCGGACUCCGGGCUGCCCCCGAGCCCCAGCGCCUGGCUGCAGGCGCUUAGUACGGCGAGGCGCUUUGAGAGCCCAGUUUCCGAAGAUGAAAGCAGAGCGGAGCAAGUGGCUCCAGGCAUUCAGGAACCGGCCACACAACUGCUUCCUUUGUCCUACGGAGAGGGGAUUGAGCUUGUUCCUUUGCCACCGAAAGAAAUUAGAUACACCUCCUCGGUGCGUUACGACUCCGAUCGACAUUUCAUCCACGAUGUGCGCCUGCAGCCCACGGGUUUGGGCUUGGAGUGGUGCAGUCAGACGGUCCUGGCGCUGCCCCACAGCACCUGGCGGCGCUACAAGACGCUGCUGGAGCUCCAGCCCCGCCAACGAGCGCAUCGCUACAGAAGCACCACCAUCGUGUACCCCAAACACGCUCAAACGAUUUUCACGACUGAGCUGCACUACGACGAGCGGCGGUUGGCCAAGCGCUUCUUGUCCAGCGUGGAGCUGGAGUCAACUGACAGCAGGCUCGUCCGAAUGGACGGAAGAAGCACACCGCUGUGACCGGGGACUCUGGCUAAGUGAUGAGGUGGCCUGACUGCUGGCAUGGAGACCUCACGCGGUGGGAGAACUGCACUUGUUUUGAAAACUUGCUGGUUUGGUAACUUUGCACCACCAGAACUUUUGACUUGGACCUUUCAGAAUCACGACGUGAAUUUCAGGAGGGAGGCGUUGGUGUGGCAACAUCUGUUCAACUUAACAGCGUUGUAUAUGUCCUUUUCAUUGCACGUCACUAUAUGAUCUCUCCCCAGAUUUCGUCAGGUCUACAAAGUUGAAGACAGACUCUCCUAGAGGGGUAACCUGGCGGGAUCGACCAUCGAUGUUGGCGUUAUCUGUCUGUUUUUAAAUUGCUUUCAGAGUUUUGUUCGUUUUUAUGAAUUGUUUCGGGUAGUUUUAUUUUGUAAUCGACAAGCCGGAUAUUGUCACAGAGUAUAACACGUUUGUAAAAUCGCCAAAUGAGGUUGGGCGUCUGAAUUACUGGGUGAAGUGUCACGUGCUUAAAUGUAAAUAAUUAUGCACACUCGGUUUUGAAGCCAAAUGAGAUUUUACUAUAUAUCUGCACAAGGUCAUUUUCUGCUGUUUAUAAAGUCGUGUCUCUUUUGCAUUGUAAAUGCUGAACUGCAUUUAUGCACUUCACAUAGAAAGAUAUGAAAGGUGAAGCGUUUACCGCAAACUCCAUGUUUAACGUUAGUUUUUUUUCCCCUCCCUUUUAGGAACCACUGUGGGUUAGGGAGCAUAAAUUGUUCUAUAAAUCAAAUUAUCUGAUACAUAAUUAUAACUUAUCGUAAUUCUGUUUAGCGUCUUUAGUGUGUAAUACAACUUUUCUUUGUCGUUUUUGUAAUUGUUUUAAACAAUGUCCACAAAUAAAAACAUUACCAAAUA